CGAAGAUAAAAGGCAGAGUUCACUUCGAACGCCGGCAAAAGGAUAAUUUUUUGCAAAUAAGCCAGCGAUAUCAGCAAAAGAAAACACAUCGAAAUGCUGCUCCGAAGCUCCAUUGUUGCCGGCACAUUCAUCAGACUCCCGGUGCGACCACAAUGUGGACUACAGCUGCGCCAUCAAUCCGUUUCAACGCACAAACCUCUCACACUUCAACCACUGGCCGACCGAUCGUUCAUACGAGUGCACGGAACCGACUCCGCCAGCUUCCUACAGGGUCUUAUGACGAACGAUAUGCGGCAUUUCGAGCACGGCGGUGCGAUAUACUCGAUGUUUCUCAAAGCCAACGGGCGAGUGUUCUGUGACGCACUGAUCUACAAACGGCCAAAAGGCGAGCAGCAUGAUUAUCUGCUCGAGUGUGAUAGCAGCGUGGCGGGUCGGUUGGAAAAGCACCUGCGACUGUAUCGGUUGAAGAAGAAGGUUGAUGUAAUAGCAGACGACACGUUCCGUUUGUGGGUUGCAUUCCGAGAUGGAGUUACACACGAGGAAGCCCCGUCGACUGAAGAAACAGCCUCCGAUAAAAACCUUCCCGUGGCCGCAGACCAGCUGCAUCCGUUCAAAGAUCCCCGUCUCACACGGCUCGGUUAUCGUGUGCUUUCCUCCAACGCAAAUGAAAACGAAGCAAUGGAACAGCUGCACAAAAUGUUCCCGGGUUCAUCGAUGGCCCCGACGAACGGUACCGACCCUCUGCCGUACACAGCAUUUCGUUAUGCGCUCGGUGUUGGGGAGGGUGGCGAAAAUCUUCCGGAUGGCAAGUGUUUCCCACUCGAGUGUAACUGUGAUUACCUGCACGGUGUCAGCUUUCACAAGGGAUGCUACAUCGGGCAGGAACUGACCGCACGAACGUAUCACACGGGUGUCAUCCGGAAGCGCCUCAUGCCGCUCGAAUUCAAGGAACCCCCACCGGUGAAAGACGUUCCAUCGGAAGCACUCCAGGAUGCGGAAAUUAAAAACAAAGACGGGGCGGUUGUGGGAAAGUUACGCGGUUUAGCCGGUAGCAUGGGGCUCGGAUUGUUGCGCAUCGAAAAGGUGCUCCCCGAUGGACAACUGUCGGUGAAUGUUGCAGGCGUUAGCGAUCCAAUUGCCUGCCGCACCAGGAAACCGUUCUGGUGGCCCAAAGAAACGAAUACACGACACUAA